AUGGCUGUCAAAAUUGUCAAUUUAUUAGCUUGUGGCCAGCGGAAAUUGGAUGGGCUGGGAGCGGGAAGUGAUGGAGGAGCGCAAAAUGGUGAAAAGUUAGCCAAUUCCAGACCGAUGGAGGUGAGUAAGACAUUGCUGAGUACUAGGCUUACUCCAUACGAUCAACCAGCAGUGAUACCUAUUGGAUACCGAUGGUCAUGUACCGAUCCCUAG